GAGAAUUUGUUUUCUAGCAGCCAUAAAGUGUAACCCACAGCACUCCAUUUUACCUGCUCAUAGAAGCACUUAUGAAGCUAUUGUUAGGCCUGUUCUUCCUUUUGUGUCUUUCUUCAGAAGGAAAGACAGAAGAUCUCCUGGAAGAACAGGGGAAACUAAAGGCUCUAGGAAGCUUCCAGUUUUCAUGCGAGCAUGUGACAUCACCUGAGACUCCUUCAUCUUCAGUUCAUACUCUGAGGCCAGCUGACAUUAAAGUAGUCACUGCAAUAGGAAGUUUGCAAACACCACUGGGAUCCAGCAUUCAUCAUGAAGACUUACUCCAAAGCACAGGAAAGAGCCUCCCUGAAGUGAGCGUGGAAAUUUUGGCAGCUCUUAUUAGCAGUUUUAAUCCUUCGGUCCUGCACCAGUCUCCUCUGCCUGUCACAAUGGGAGCAGCAUCAGACGGUCAAACAAUAAGCCUCUUGGAUCAAGCUGGGGAAAUAGUGAAGCUCAUGAAAGAGAACCAGAUAAUGGACUUUCAAAAUGAUUGGAAACUGAUCACAGUUUUCUUUAGUGCUGAAAACCCAUGCUCUUCUUGUGCCUUCACACAACCGAAGAACUGCAUAUUGGACAACCUGGAAAAACUUCAAGAACUCUUAGACUUUUUAUAUAAAGAAGUUCCCAAGGCCUUCGUAAAUUUGGUAGAUUCCACUGAGAUCACAACUUCCUUUCUCAUGUGCCAAGAUCCUCAAAAUGCCAGCAAUUCAACUGGGAAUCAGUGCAAUUGCAUUCAUGAACACUCUAUGCUAAAUUAUAACAUUCUGAGGUGGUCCUAUCAGGAUGCUUGGGAAAAACUUCUAAAGUCUAAGAGGUAUGAUCAAAAGGAUGAUUUCACUGUUGUUCUUCAGCCUUCUCUCCAAGAAACAAAUCUUUUGCUCAGUCUGAGCAGGGAUGGUUUCUUCAGCACAUCAAAGACACAAUUGGAAACUCUGGAAGAAGAUUAUAUUUUCAUGGCUUUUAGCCUCUGGAAGAACAUGAUGGAACCAGUUGGGCAGAAGAAGCCAUACGAUUUCACAACAUUGCAUCAGGUCCAGUGUCCAUCUCAGGAAAAUCCAUACUUGUUCACAUACAGAAAUAGUAACUACUCACUUUUGCAAGAGAUAUCAAACACUAAAGAAAUACUGCAGGAGAGAAGUUAUGGAACAAAUGUUCCUUGUUUCAACCAGGGUCCCUCUGAUACAGUUCCAGAUUCAGUUCAUAAGUUGAGACCAGCAGAUAUUCGAGUGAUUGCUGCUCUGGGAGAUUCAAUCACAGCAGGUAAUGGGGCAGCAUCCAAUCCCCAUGAUGUUUUGGAUGUCCUGACUCAAUACCGAGGUAUUUCUUGGAGUGUUGGAGGAAAUGAGAACAUUAGCACGGUCACGACACUAGCAAACAUUCUUCGUGAGUUCAACCCAUCCCUGAUAGGAUAUUCCACUGGCACUGGAACGCAAACUACAGAAAAUGCUGCACUCAACCAAGCAGUUGCAGGGGCUCAGGCAGAGGAUGUUCCUGCACAGGUCAGAAGACUGGUGGACCGAAUGAUGAAUGACAGUAGAAUAAACAUGCAGUCUGACUGGAAGCUUAUAACGCUUUUCAUAGGAGGAAAUGACCUAUGUAAAUUCUGCGAAGAUCCUAUACGCUUUUCUCCUGAAAACUACACCUAUAACAUUCAAGUAGCUUUGGACAUGCUUCACAAAGAGGUUCCACGGGCGUUUGUGAAUCUGGUGACAAUUCUUUCUAUAACAAGCCUACGGGAGUUGUAUGCAGAAAAAAAUGUUUCCUGUCCAAGGCUUCUUAUGAGGAUGAUGUGCCCCUGUGUAUUGAACUAUGAUGAUAAUUCCAAUGAGUAUAAGCAGUUGGUCUACUUCAACAAAAGGUAUCAGGAAAGGACCCGUGAGUUAGUGGAAAGCGGAAGAUAUGACACUAGGGAGGACUUUACAGUGGUCGUACAGCCUUUUCUAACUCAUAUCAGCAUGCCCAAAACACAGGAGGGAUUUCCUGACAAUUCAUACUUUGCUCCAGAUUGUUUUCACUUCAGCCAGAAGUCUCAUUCACAGGCUGCACGUGGUCUGUGGAACAACAUGGUGGAACCUGUAGGGAAGAAGACGGAUGACCAACAAAUGGAAAAUGAAAUUGUCCUCAAAUGUCCAAGUGAGGCUGAGCCAUUCCUGAAGACAUACAAAAACAGUAAUUACACGUACCCUAACCAAACUCCAAAUUAUGGAAGCCAGCUGCUAUGUGAAGACAGGUCUCCAUCCUCCCCUUCUCCAACUUCAGUGCAUUCCCUGAAGCCAGCUGAUGUGAAAAUGAUAGCAGCCCUUGGGGAUUCUUUGACGGCUGGUACGGGAAUUGCAUCAUACAGUCUCAUGGAUUUGGCUACUCAAUUCCGUGGAUUGUCAUGGAGUAUUGGAGGGGAUGGCUCAUUAGAGAACGUAACAACUCUGCCUAAUAUCUUUCGAGAGUUCAAUGAUAAGAUCGAGGGCUAUUCAACUGGCACCGGGAGCGAGAAUGACCCAAACGCAUUCCUUAACCAGGCGGUUCCAGGGGCACAGGCUGAGCACUUACCAGCCCAAGCAAGAGCUCUCCUGAGACUAAUGAAAACUGAUUCUAGAAUCGACUUCAAUGCUGACUGGAAAAUCAUAACAGUGCAUAUCGGAGGCAAUGAUCUAUGCAACUAUUGCAAAGACCCUGAUCACUACUCAGCUGUAAAUUUCACCAGUAGAAUUCAAGAAACUCUUGAUAUUCUGCAUGAACAGGUACCAAAAGCUCUAGUGAGCUUAGUUGGAGUAAUGGACAUCCUCAGUAUGAGACAGUUGUUUGUGGAUACUCAAGUUCAGUGCCCAACUUACAUGUCAGAUUAUCUGUGUAGUUGUGUUCUCACAGGAGAAGAAAACUCAGAAAACUUAACAAUGGUGAGGGAAGCCAUUAGAGCUUACCAGCUUGGUAUUCAAAGACUGGUGGAGUCUGGCAGAUACGAUACUCAUGACAAUUUCACAGUGGUCAUCCAGACUUUCCUCCAAAAUCCCAAGAUUCCUCUUGGUCAGGAUGGGCAUCCUGAUAUCUCCUACUUUGCACCUGACUGCUUCCAUGCAAGCCAGAAGGGCCAUUCUCAGCUUGCCAAGGCUCUCUGGAAUACUAUGUUGCAGCCUGUAGGCCAGAAAGCUGACUCAUUUGACUUCGUGACUGACAUUGUCCUCAGCUGCCCGACUCAGAAUAACUCCUUCCUGAGUACAAAUAAAAAUAGCAACAACACAAAUCCUCCUGUGCUUUCCACCAGUGAGCCAACAAAGAAUUGGGGCAGUGACCUGUCAUGUUCUGAAAAGACUCCAUCCAGUCGUGUCCCAACAUCAGUACAUGAGCUACAGCCUGCUGACAUCAAAGUCAUUGGAGCACUGGGAGAUUCCCUGACUACUGCAGCAGGAGCCUGCACAACUGAUCCACAAGUGGACUGGAGGGGAUGUUCCUGGAGUAUUGGAGGUGAUGGCACCCUGGAGACCCAAACCACUUUACCCAAUAUUUUGAAAAAAUUCAACCCAAGCCUCUUUGGCUUCUCCACUGGCAACGGUAAGGAAGGAGCUGGAUUCAAUGCUGCAGAGAGAGGUGCGACGUCACGCAAUAUGCCAGCCCAAGCACGUGAACUGGUGGAGCUAAUGAGGAGCAGCUCGAAUAUUAACUUCAAGGAGGACUGGAAGCUGAUCACUAUCUUCAUUGGAGGCAAUGACCUGUGUCAGUACUGCUUGGAUAAGGAAGCGUAUUCAGUGCAAAACUACGUAAAGCACCUCCAGGACACUCUGGAUAUUUUCUACACAGAGCUCCCAAGAGUCUUUAUCAACAUGGUGGAGAUACUUGAGAUUUCUGGACUGCGUCAGGUGGCAGCAAGCUCUUCAGAAUGCUUUCUGACAGAGAAUCUUUGUCCAUGUUUCUUAAACCCCAAAGAAAAUUCUUCUGAUCUACAAGAAAUUAAGAGAGUCAACAGAGAUUUUCAGGCUGAAGCCUUGCAGCUGGUCAACAGUGGUCGGUACGAACAGCGUGAGGACUUUGCCGUUGUUGUGCAGCCAUUUUUCCGAAACACCAUUUUGCCUCUGGACAGCAAUGGCAAGCCAGAUCUGAGUUUCUUUGCUGCAGACUGCUUUCAUUUCAGCGAGAAAGGCUAUGCUGAGAUGGCUAUGGCUCUCUGGAAUAAUAUGAUGGAACCAGUUGGUGAAAAGCAGACUUACAACAACUUUACCUAUGACAGAUCAAAACUCAAGUGUCCAAACCUUGAGAAACCCUUUCUUUCCACAAUGAGAAACAGUGGAUUUAGGAAUUCAGCUCUCAAUUUGGAGAAGACAGAACAUUCAGUCCCCUACUGGGCUGUCAUUGUGGCGGCAGUAGCCGGAGUCCUGGUGGGCUCUUUGCUCCUCUGGGCUGUGUCAGGAAGAAGAGCCAGGAGACACCAAUGUGAGAUCGAUGCAGAAAAGAACAUGAAAACAACAUCUCUGUAAAACUAAUGGAGCAAACAUCUGUCUCUGCAGAAUUAAAAAACAGUUGGACAUUCCUCAAAUUUUGUUUUUAGCCAGGAAUUUUUGGGCCCACUGGUAUUGCUCAGAAAGGCAUUGUAGGGCUAGCUUCUGCAGACCAGUGAGGUGGACAAUGGAGUUCCAAAUGUUAAAGCUUUUUCGUGCUGGGAUGUGCUUCUCAGUUUCUUGAAUAUUACACAGGACUUAUUCAUGCACCUUGGCACCUUAUUUGUCCCCUUUUCCUAUAAAACUCUGUGUAUAAAAUGUUAGAUGUUCAUGAUUGUGACCUGGUGUUCCCCAGUGGUAAGGUGUGAUAAAGAAGCAAAGUAGCAAUUUCACAUGUUAGAUUCCAAUAAGACCACUGAGCUGAUGGUGCUAUGGUCAUACUGGAACUUUCAGGAAAGUACACAGGAAAGUGCAAUGCCAAGGAAACAUCCUCUAGCACCUUCUGAUCAACCAUGUAACAAAAUGGUCUGGUUCUUGUGGGACCUGUGGCAUGUUCAGUUCUCCCAGAUUGGAAUCACUGUGGUCAUUCUCUCAGGAAGAAUUUGCAAAGUUUUUUCAAACUUCUCAGGAGUUCAGAGUUGAUCUUUUCCGGUAGUUAGACAUCCCUUGUGUGAUACUUGCAUAUUACAUAUAUUCAUUGUGGUCUUGUUUGUCAGUACUUUUAUUUCAUGUGCCAAAUACUUUUAUUUUUGAUUUUAUUGAAACUAAACUGUAGUUUGUAAUGAUGGUUUUUUCCUUUUUU